UGCAGAUUCUUCCUCAAGUUCUUUCUCAAGUGUAACCAAAACUGCCUCAAGAACGCUGGCAAUCCACGCGACAUGAGACGCUUUCAGGUGGUCAUUUCUACACAAGUGGGAGUAGAGGGACCAUUACUAGCGGUCUCGGACAACAUGUUCGUUCACAACAACAGCAAGCACGGACGCAGAGCGAAACGUUUGGAUCCCAGUGAUCCCGGCGAAUAUAAUAGUUUAUAUCCGCCGAUACCUCUUCAAACGCCAUGCAUAAAAGCGAUAUCACCUAAUGAAGGUUGGACGUCGGGUGGAUCUACUGUCAUAAUCAUCGGUGAAAUUUUCGAUGGAUUGCAAGUAGUUUUCGGGUCGAUGCUAGUUUGGAGCGAGUUUAUCACUGCACAUGCAAUUAAGGUGCAGGCACCGGCACGGCAGAUACCCGGCGUUGUUGACGUCACGUUACAUUACAAAAGCAAACAAUUUUGUAAAGGAGCGCCCGGUAGAUUUGUUUAUGUUUCUGUAAACGAACCCACGAUCGACUACGGCUUCCAAAGGUUACAGAAACUCGUUCCGCGGCAUCCGGGUGACCCCGAGAAGCUUCCCAAGGAAAUAGUAUUGAAACGGGCGGCGGAUCUAGCAGAAGCCAUUUAUAGUAUGCCCAAGGGCGGAAACAUGGGGAUCACGGGGGCACCCAGAAGUCCCGGUUCGGUACACGCUCCUGCACCUCCUACAUCCAGCUCGGCAACCUUUAAUUCGUAUACAGGGCAACUCGCGGUGACGGUACAGGAAAACGGUAGCGCGGCGAAAUGGACAGACGACGGUAGUUCCGUGACGACAGGAGCUGCCGCCGAUGGAGGAGGUGGCGGCGGCGGCGGCGGUGGCAGCGGUAGCAGCGUCGGGGCCAAUGUUGGGAGCACCGAUGCCUACAGACAGAGCAGCAGUGCCAGUCCACGUGGCGUCGUAACCGGCGGUGGUUAUUGCGGUAGUUCGGCCAGCACACCACACAGUCACAGUACCAAUGGAAGUUACUCCGUCGCCAAUCCGUACACCGGCAGCCCGACUCUCUACACGUCGCGACUAGGAGAAGUGGUUGGAUCACCUUUCAACAUGAAUCCGUUUAUGUUGCCCACAUGCAACCAGGGAUAUUCAGCCGCUGCCAGUCCGCUGCUUUCGUCAAACGGCAAAUAGUGUUACGAGAUGUAAACUCCAACGAAAAUGUUAUAAACGAUGGCAAUCUUCGCAAAAACAUUG